UCACGGCAGAGCGCCGGUUGGUGGGAGAAACACCUGAUGACAGGUCCUGUUGUAGUUGAUUGUUGACCUUCCUUAAGAUCAAACACCACCCUCAGUUUAGUUGAGUUGUCAGUUAUGGAAGUUCAUUGGGGGCUUUUACAUGCCCCUCCCUCUGCCUGCCUUUUCUUAUAUUCCACUUUUCUUCUUCAUUUUUACUGCUCCCCAGUGGCCACCCAUUUUCUCAAUCCCACCACCACCACGCAACAACAUGUCUCGCUGUUGCUUCUCCUCUGCAUGCUGAUAUAUACAAAUGGGUUCAGGAGACUGGUUUAGGUCUUUAUUUAGCUUGAAGAAAGCUAAGGUAGGGAGGUCCAAAAAAGUAAAGGUAUACUCGGCUAACGAAAAAACAAAUGAGUCCGAGGAAAAUUCCAACACUCAUGGAGAGUCAAAUAGUCCUGCUUGUGCCAAUGGCAGUCCACAGAGAAGUAAUGGUGUUCCUGAAAUGUCAGCUGAACAUAAAGCAGCUAUUCAAAUUCAAGCAGCUUUUCGAGCUUAUAUGGCGCAAAAAACAAAGCGACGUCUGAAAGGAGCAGUGAGAUUUAAUGUAUUGAUUCACGGGAAUGAUACUCAGAAGCAAGCUUCAAGCACAUUGAGCUGCAUACAUGCAUGGAGUUAUAUACAGUCUGAGAUUAGAGCUCGCCGCCACCACAUGGUCACAGAAGGCAGGCUUAAGCAAAAGAAGAUAGAAAAUCAGCUAAAACUCGAGGCCAAGCUCCAUGAGCUGGAGGUGGAAUGGUGUGGCGGCUCGGAAACCAUGGAAGAAAUCGUUUCUAGGAUGCAACAGAGAGAAGAAGCAGCAGUUAAGCGUGAGCGAGCAAUGGCAUAUGCCUUCUCUCAUCAGUGGAGAGCCAAUCCUACACAGUAUCUAGGCCAGGCUUAUUACAGCAUUGGCAAGGAGAACUGGGGUUGGAGCUGGAAAGAGCGUUGGAUCGCAGCUCGCCCAUGGGAGAUUCGGGUUCAUGCUCAGCCUAGUAACCCGAAGAAAGGCCAGAUUAUGCAAGAUACGAAGCUAACACUCACAACUAAGGCUGCUUUGUCAAAUGAGAAGGUUACUAAAAAUUAAAAAACUCUCCAACAUCCCUGCUGAUAAUCAAGCUGCCCAAGAAGCUAAUACUACAGAUGUUAGCUCCUCUCGCUCAUUUAUUCCCAGUUGACGGAUUACAGAUUAGCAAAUUUCUGUGAACUCCAGACUUCUUUUUUUCUUUAAAUUUUAUCUUUAUCCUGUGUUGUUCUGGUUUUUGUCCAUCUGACGUUGGUGCGAACUUGGCCUGCUGUGUGUAAAAUAAGGAAACAACUUUUCCCUUUGAUUUGGC